UACUUAUAUUCACGUGAAAUCUUCAACGCCAGCAAAUCUUUAAUCCUUAAAAUUAAAUAGUAAGAUUUUUUGUGCUCUAUAAAUAGAAUUUUGGUUCAUUUCAUUUGAUCCAUCACACUAUACUCUAUAUCUUUUAGAUACUUAAAAACAAUUAUUUUUCAAAAUGGCUUCAACAAAAAAUUUGCUCAUUUUUGGUCUUUUGCUUGCUAUUGUCCUUAUUUCUUUCCAAGUGGGAGCUUCAUCUACUCAAAAAGAAAACAAGGCGAGUGGUGAUGUACAAGAAGCUCAGCUCGGAGGUGGUGGAUACCCGGGGAAUGGACGUGGUGGGGGCUACCCUGGACGUGGAGGAGGAGGAGGAGGACGUAACGGAUAUCCAUGGAGAGGUUGCCGAUAUGGUUGUUGCCGUGGGUUCCGUUAUGGCAAUGGAUGUGCAAAAUGUUGUUUCACUGCUCAUCAAACACCUGAUGCUGUAUUUGAAGAUGAUAUCAACAAUUGAUUGAUCAUUUUGUGUCUUAAAUAUAUGUUGUUGGUUUUUUUGUCCUAAGAAAAUAAGGCAUGUUGUUGUCUUCAUUUGGACACAUACUCAUGUGUGUGUAUGUGUUCAAUUGUUUGACAUUGCCAAUGAAUAAACCACUAUUAUCUAGGAGGUUUUGUUGUGAUUUUUGUAUUUUAGUUAUAAUGUAUGCAAUUUGGAGUUUUUACAUAAUGAAGUUGCUCUUAUUUUAUGAGUUA